CACUGCUUUCUAUGGUCAGAUGGGCUAUUACUAUUGCAUACAUUUCAUAACUAUGUCAAGGCUGAAACGGGAUCAGCUUUGUUCUCUUUAAAUUAAAUUUAAUCAUGCGAUUAAUUUUGAUCGGGUCGCUUUCACUGUCAAUAGCAGCCGCUUAUUACGUUUAUCUUCCUCUACCCAGCACCAUAUCAGAGCCAUGGAAACUUAUGUUUAUGGAUGCAAUUCUACGUGGUAUAACGAAUUUGAAUUUUUUAGCUCACAAUCUUGGACUGAGUGGCCCCUUUGAUCUCCUGAGAUAUGCCGCAUCAUGGGAUGUGAUAUGGGGCCCAAAGUCAACCCUUAAAAUCCGGGUCACAGAUGCUUCAUUCUCUGGAGUCCAGGCACAAGUAUUUCAGCCCACUUUAUCAAGCCUGCAGCAGCAUUUAAAAAGAGGAGUAGUUUAUUUCCAUGGAGGUGGAUGGACGCUCGGCAGUGGAAAGAUGCAAACAUAUUUUCUUCAAUGCAGAACUAUGGCUGAAGAGCUGGAUGCAGUUGUAAUAUCUAUUGAGUACCGUCUAGCCCCAGAGGCACGUUUCCCAGCUCAGUACAAUGAUGCUCUCGAGGCCUCCAAACGUAUCCUGACAGCGGAGGUGCUGGAUCAGUACUCUAUUGACCCAGAGAGAGUGGCCGUGUCAGGUGACAGCGCUGGGGCCAACCUAGCCGCUGCUGUUGCGCAACGGAUGGCAUUGGACAACAGCAUUCCUAUUAAGUUCAAAGUUCAGGCUCUUCUAUACCCCGUUCUACAGGCUCUGGACUUUAACACGCCAUCUUACCAGCAGAAUGGAAACAUUCCUAUUCUCCACCGUCCACUCAUGGCUCGCUUUUGGCUGGAGUACCUCAACGGAGAUCCUACACUUGUUCCUUCUUUGCUGGCAAACAACCACACAGCUCUGAAUCAGGGCCGGGAGAUAGCAGCAGCCAAAGCUAAGAUCAACUGGACCCGGCUUCUUCCGGUGGCCGUUCAGAAGAACUUUAAGCCUGUGGUUCCGCUGCAAGGUGACCCAAAGCUUGUGGAGAUGCUGCCAGGUCUGCUGGAUGUGAGAGCUUCUCCUUUAUUAGCUGAGCUGGACGUGUUGAAGGCUGUGCCUCCUGCUUACAUCUUGACCUGUGAACACGAUGUUCUGAGAGACGAGGGACUGAUGUACGGCAGGCGACUGGAGGAGGCUGGAGUCGCCGUCAGCAUUGAUCACUAUGAAGAUGGUUUCCACGGAUGCACAAGCUUUGCUUUCGGACCCUUCAGAUUCUCUGUGGGAUUCCGGAGUUUUGGAAACUACAUCCAAUGGCUAAUUAAAAACCUCUAGCGGUUCUUUUUGGCACAUAUAAUAGGAGAUAUAAUAUGAGACAGAUUCAAUAGAUUUCUAUUUUUAUGUAAAAUUUAUUUUGAUUUUAAACCAUUUUGAAUGAAAGCUUUUAUGCAACGAUUCAAUGCAACAGAGUAUUUGUGAAAACUGAAUGGAAAUAAGCACAAUGAUUUUCAAUGCAACUGAAAUAUUACAUCUUUACCUCUGAAUUUAAAUAGUUAACAAUAUACUAUUGUUUUAAGUGGGAUACUACUACUUUGUUUUAUAUGGGUAAUGCCAUAAAAUGCAGGAUAAUCCAGAUAAUGCAAAAGAUGCUUCUGUGUUGACAGAAUUUUAUCCAGAUAAGGUGGACGGGGCUUUACCAAACUAAAGAGUAUUUUAUUGAACUAAACAUUGGACAUUCCUAUGCGUGCAAAAUGCAUACACAUUUUAUGAAAAUUACAUUUUGUAUGUGCAUACUUGGUCAAAUAUAGUUUUGACAACUUUUAGAAGUAUACAGUACUAUAUAAUGUUGACAAAACACCAAGUUGGCUGCAACGUGGUUUGAAAAAAGUAAAACAUCUUUAAACUAAAAGAGACUUUAAAACGCUUAAUCAUUACGUUUUAUGGUAUCAUUUUUCUAAUGUCUUCAACUGUCUGUAAGCAGAUGAGAAAACAAGAUGCUUCUCGUUUCAUUCAUUCAGGAUUUGCAUUGAUAACCCAUUUGGUCACCCAUAUGUGCAUUUUAAUGCAACUACACACACUGAUUUCCAUGUUGUUUGGUGACAUUCCAUAGACUUCCGUCGAUUUUAUAUCAGGAUUAUGAUACAUUCUAUCCCCUAACCCGACACCUAAAUCUAAUAGUCACACUUCUGCAUUUUUUCCCAAUAAAUAUCAUUCUGUAUUAUUUAUAAGCUGUAUUCCCUCAUGGGGACCUGAAAAAUGUGAUGAAAACCAGUACACACACAUACACACAUUGUGCGGACUGCCCUAGUUUUCUCCAGCUGCAUCUAGGCAUGACGUCUCCACAGAUGUGCAUUACAAUUCCUCAAAGAGGAGCAGUGGUUUUGAAUGAGAAAUAGGAAUAAAUGUAUAAUACAUGCCUUUAUUUGAGUGAAUAAUCAUUGUUUAAAGAUCAUUUGAAGUAUUGCUGAUUUAUUUGAGUUUUUGUUGGUCUCCUCAAUGAUUGUGUUUAGCUGAUUUUCACUCUAAUCUACACACAAAAUAAGAAACAACUUUCUGCUCCUCUUAUUUUACCACUCUUUUAACUUUGUUAGCACUUUUAUGAUGAAUUGUGAACUUGGUUUUGAACAAAGCAUGAUACAUAACUGAAUGUAAAUGUACAUUCAAUAAAAUUAAAUAUUUCAAACA